AUGGAAGAAAUCAAAAGAAGUAAGCACAAACUAAUAUCAGCAUCCCAUACAGCUGUCAAUUCAUUAGCACUUCCACUGGUACAGGUAUCUCACAAAGCAUUUUUCAAAGGGACAAGUGUUUUCGCACAAUGGGUUGACAGUGCAAUGAAUACUUUGGAUAAUGCUACCAAUGAAAGUUUGUCAUGGGUAAAAAAUAUAUAGCUUAGUGGAGGCAUUAGGAGUUUUGCAAGUAAAGCAGAAAUGACAGCACAUUCAGGAAUUGCCAGCAGCUACGAAACUUGGGUUAACAGCUUAACAUCUCUUAACUCAUUAUUAGCAAAUGAAAGAGUUCAAGUUGAAAAUUACUUCAGAACGAACGGUAUUGAUCUUGAAAAGUCAUUGCUUUCCUCAGAAAGCUGGAAUUUAAUGGUUGAUAUUUAUAAGUUUAUCAACUUAUAUAGGCAAGACCUUCCAAAUAUUUCUAUUAUAGAAUUUAUAAGAUAUUUGCAAGCGUAUACAUCAAUGCAAAAUGCGGAAGAAAAAACUGUAAAUAGAUUCAUUGAGUGGCUAGAUGUAAAAAAUGAAGCAGAUUUGCUUGAUAUGCUUUAUUAUAGGAAAUAUGCUAUGGCAAUUUAUGGAAAAAAUGUUAUAAAUAUUCUUGUAGGCGGAAAUUACCUUGAUAUUCUUAGAUCUAUUCCUGAUCGCGAAAUAUUUGCGCGGCACUGUGGGAUUGAAGAAAGUGAUAUUUUUGUGUGUAGAUUUUCUUCAGAUAAAUUUACCCCUGGGCAUAUUUUAUCUGUUGACCAUUUUACUAGGUCCUUAGUUUUAACAAUAAGAGGAACUUAUUCAAUUCAUGAUGUGUUUACAGAUAUAAAUGCUGAAAGCUGCGAUUAUACUUAUAUUGAUCUUGAAACUCAAGCAGAAGUUGCAGGUGCAGUUCACAGUGGGAUGAUGACUUCUGCAAGCAUUUUAUCACAGAUGCUUAAACAGAUAGUUAUUACUGAAUCUAAAAAAUUCGAUGGGUAUAAUUUAAUUCUCACUGGGCAUAGCUUAGGUGGUGCUGUAGCAAGCUUGCUAACCCUUAUGUGAAGCUCUGAUCCUGAGUUCAGCCAUUUGAAAAUUAAAACUUUCACUUUUGGAUGUCCAUGUGUUGUUUCUAGUACAUUGAAUGAAAUUCUAAAAGAGAAAGUUUUGACAACUAUGCAUGGAAAUGAUAUGUUUACAGAAUUCUCUAUUGGCCAUAUACGAAAUUUAUGCAAAAUUAUAGAAAAAUUAAAACAAGAAGAAGAUUCUGGAAAUAUAGAUAUUAGCUGACUAAUAAAUGCUGGAGAAGAUGAUAUACCAAGAGUAUAUGAGCUUUGGAAAUUCAUUUUUGAGAAUUUACAAGAUGAGGUCUUACAGCCUGCGGGAAAAAUUUAUCACUAUUUUGAGGAAAAACGACAUUUAGAAAAUAUUGUAAUUAAUAAGCCUGAAAACUUAAGGUUUUGUGGAGGAUGGGCAAUGUAUGAUCUCUAUUCUAAAAUUCACAUACUCAAAUCCUCAUUCAGAGAUCAUCGGCCAGAUAUCUAUGAAGAUUCAUUACGCUGUAUUUCAGAGAAUCUUAAUUAA